CAACCGAGUCCGCCUUGGCAGCGCUACGCGGUCGUUUCCGUUCAGCUCCGUUUCGUUACAUUCCGGCACGUCAACCACUACCACAACCGAAACCCAAACUCAAGCUCAGACUCAGACCCUUACUCAAAACCCGUCGCUAAACUUAACAGAAACUUUCCCCAGAUCGACAAUGAUUUACUGAGACCCAAAUACCACGAUUUAUAAAAGUGUAAAUGUGCGAAAAAUCAAAGAUGUUGACGGCAAAGAUUUUGAGCGCAAUCAAUUAAAACAAAACCGAAAAACAAGCGCAGUAGACCGCACCCGUAGAAGACAAGGAGGACGACGCAGGGUCCGCCUCUUGGACAGUGUCCUGCUGUCCUGCUGUCCGGCUGUCAGUUGGUCAAACUGUUCAUCAAUAAACGAUACAACUUCCGUUUCCUUGCGUGCUUUACCUGUGCAUGCCUUUCUCUGUGUGUAUGUGCGUGUGUUUGUGUGCGUGCCGAAGGAAACUUUCCAACUUCCGGCCAAGUGACUUCGAUUUAAUUUCUUUGGCUUUUUUAUGGUCAAGGCAUUUAAUUAAUUUUACUAUGGCAAUUUGAGCGUCUCUGCCGUCUGCUCUAGCCUGUUCUGGUCAGUCUCGAACUCUGAACUGAACUCUGACCCAUAACCCUCACACAUAAAAAGGCAGCAGCAGCAGAAGGCGACGGAGGAGGUCAAUCUCCACGUAGCCACACCCGUUUGGAAAUACAGCAGCCAGCCAUUGAAAUGUAAAUCGAACUGAAGAUGAAGGCGACCAUCAACGUACUGUGAUAGACGAGUAUACGAGCAGCAAAUCUCAGUGGGGAUUCUGCACCGAACACGAUUCUCGAUUCAAUCAAAUUGAAUUCGAAAUUGGACACUGAAGCGAUUGGAUCUUAACUAUUCAAGCGGGCUACUAGCAAAAGGCGACAAACUGUCGACUUUAUCCAUACGCAACUUCUCGGCAAACAUGCUGAACAAUCUUGGGGCCAAUGUGCUGGGUCCCAAGGAUUGUGAUCUGCCCAAGGCCGCACUGACGGCGCUGCACGCGGGCGUUAACAGCUUUGGACAGCUGCCCGGUGCUCCGAAUCUGGCCGAUCUCGGCGGUGCAGGUGGAGGCGGCGUUGGACUCCCUGUCGGAGGUGGCGUGGCGCGCCUACACAUUUCCGGCGGACUGUGCGACAACGCGAACAACAAUAGCAGCGGCGGCGGUGGCGGUGGCGGUGGUGGCAGCGGAAACACCAACAUGCAGCAACAGGAUCAGCUCCUGGACAAAAACAAACAGAAGAGACACCGCACGCGCUUCACCCCGGCCCAACUAAAUGAGCUGGAGCGGUGCUUCUCGAAGACCCACUACCCGGACAUCUUUAUGCGCGAGGAGAUCGCCAUGCGCAUCGGCCUCACCGAGUCCCGCGUCCAGGUCUGGUUCCAGAACCGACGCGCCAAGUGGAAGAAGCGCAAGAAGACCACCAAUGUCUUCCGCACCCCGGGCGCCCUGCUGCCCUCGCACGGACUCCCGCCCUUCGGGGCCAAUAUCACGAACAUCGCCAUGGGUGACGGCCUCUGUGGCACCGGAAUGUUUGGCGGCGACCGCUGGAGUGUGGGCGUUAAUCCCAUGACGGCAGGCUUUGGCCAGCUGAAUCAGUCGUCGCCGCUCUCUUCCUCGCUGAACAGCGGCCUCAACUCGGGCAUUAACAUGGGCUCCGCCCUGGGGGCGGGCAGCUAUCAGCACUACGGCCUCAAUGCUUUGGGUGACUCCAUGAUGUACCAGCACAGUGUGGGCGGGGUAGCCUGCGGGCCGAGCGGCUCCCCGAGCGCCACAACGCCGCCGAACAUGAACAGUUGCUCCUCGGUGACCCCACCGCCAAUCUCCACGCAGCCAAACGCCAGUCAGAACGAGCUGAGUGGCGAGCCCAUGCCGCUUCACCAGCAGCAACAGCAGCAGACUCACCAACAGCAGCAGCAGCAGCAGACUCACCAACAGCACCCACAACUGAAGUUACGGAAACUUUCACCACUUUUCCCACAGAUGGCUCCGCCGACGCCAUCGCAGCAGCAGCAACAGCAAGAAGGACUCCAUUGCCACCAGUCGAUGCAAUCGCCCACCGAUGGGGCCACCGACGAGGACGUGUGGCGAGGACACAGCAUUGCAGCGCUGCGGCGGCGAGCCUCGGAACUAAAUGCCACGGCCAUCCCAUCCUACUUGCACCAUGCCGCAGCCGCCCACAACAACUACGAGCACCACAAUUCGGUGUACUGAAAUUUGUUGAAAAGCUUCGAAAGCUUUUCGGAUUACGGUUUUACCAAUUGCGGCAACCACGACUUCUAGAACGGGCUCGAACCCCAAACAAUUUGACAGCCACUGGCAAUGGAUGCGAUGGAAGCGUUAUAAGAUAACCAAAACCCUACGUUUAGAGUAUUGUACAAUUUAUGUGCGUUUCGUUGUUUGUUUCCGAUUUCUUGGAUGACCGGAAAGGGAAAUCCCCAUGCCCAUACCCAUACCCUUAUCCAUACCCAUACACUCCCCCCGGAAAAGAGAGUGUAUCUUAGACUUAAAAGACUAUAAUGAAUGUAAACCAUGUAUACGAGAAACAAAACUUGAGAAGAGGCGGCAACCUAAGAGGAACCUAAGAGAGUUGUUGAAACCCCCACGAUAUACGAGUAUGUAGGUGGAAAGAAAAAUCAUCUACAUGCAUACACAUAAAUAAAUGAAUGUAUUCGAAAAUAGAGCCAUAAGCACACGCACACGCACAUCCAGACGGAAACUAUACCUAAUCGUAUUCCAGCAUAUACAAUAUAUCUAGACACUAAAUAUAACUAAAUAUUUACUGUACGAGUAUACGAAAAUUGUAAAAAUUAAAUUGCGGAAUGGAGAGCGAAGGGAGAGAGAGAGAGAAGAGCGAACAGUCGUCCCAUCUUCGAUGCGUCACGUCACAAUAAUUUUUCGGCAAAGGGAACUUCUCUCCAAGUUCUCCGCUUAGUUCGUACUUAUAUGUUUAAGCAUACUUAGCAUACUAGUAGGAGUGAGUGUAUGUAUGUAAGUAAGUAGUAGAUACAUACGUUUGUAAGUGUUGUUGUUUUUGUGUAUAGGCAGUGUUCCGUUCUGUUCUGUUCAGUUGCUAUCACUUGAUCUAACCAUACGAUACCAACAUAUGCAAUAUAAAAUGAAAUAAAAACCAAACAAACUAUAGGAAAAUACAUACGUCUGUUUGUGGCAAACAGACGCCACGCGACGCGUCGCGACUCGAUUCUGAAUCUGAAUGUACGAGUAUUUCAGAGUGCAUAAACAUUCAACGGAUUACGUUUACGAUUACCAAUUACAAAUUACAAAUACGACUAUACGACUACAAUUAUAUAUACGUGCAUACGAUUAUGGCAUACUUGUAAUAGACUUUCUUGUAUCGAAUAAGCCUAACUUUAAAUCCAACUAAAAACAAAAACAGAACAACAUUUAAUAUGU